CUUCAAAUGUCGAAAUGAACGGGAAACAUCUCUCUUUCGCAUUCCCACGUCGAUAUAACUCAGCAGCCCACUGCCCCCACGCUCUUUUAACACCCCCAGUCCCCGGUGCUCAUAGACGCUCGACUCGCUCUACUGCCACCAUGCCUCGCUCUCCUUCCCCUUCCAUGCUUUCCCAGCGCAACACAAAGCCUACUCCCUCCACAGCCGGCUCUCCAUUACUCAUACCGCAUCCAGGACGAUCUGCCCUUCAUCGUCUCACCACCCAGCAACGCCCCUCAUCCCCUCGUGCUUCGCCCUACCCCUCGCCAUCGCCCUCACCCUCGCCCCCAGGCGUCUCAAGACCGGGUAUGAGCCGACGCCCUGGCCCACCUCGCCGCACACACUCAUUCUGCGCUACAGAGCAGCAAACAUUUGCCCUGGCUUCAGCCUCAACUUCUAGUCAUCUUUCGCCUGACAAGGCUUGCAUUGUUGCGCCCCCGCUCGAGAGAACGUUGAGCUCUAUCGGGUCAAAGGGUAACAUGUCGUCUCCCGAGCAGCGCAUGGCGAGGCCGUUACCGGAUCUAGCGGAGAUUCUUGAGGAAGACGAUAUGACGACGCCAAAGAAGGCUCGUUUUGGUUCUUCCGAUGGGCGUAUGUUGACCGAGAUGAACAGUAACCUUCAAUUGAAUACCCCGGGCCACUCUCCCGUUACGAUCCUCUCCCCAUCCCCAGUCAAAGUUCCCACAAUCCUCGUCCACCCCUCUCUCUCCCCUCCUCGCCCUUCUCUCGCUCCUCUUCGGACAUCCUCCGCCUCCUCCUCGACUUCCGCUUCUACUACCUCAUCCCACUCCUCAUCAUACACCAUCGUCACACCAGCUUCUCCCCGCGGUAUGCUGUUCAACGUCCCUGUCAGAGAAAGGGACUUGGAUGAAGAGAUGGAAGAUGUUGACGGAGUGUUGGGGUACAUGGAUGUUGUGCCAGCAGCAGCAGGGAAGAAGAAGAGGCCUGUGAGCUGUGAGGCGGCGGUGGAGAGGGUUGUGGAUGGGGUGGACAGGCUUGCGCUCUCCCGUUGAUAGUAGCGGGACCUUUCUUUGACACUUUUUACGACGGACACGUGUUUCUAUUAGAUUUCCUUUUCAAUAUCAUAUACCAAACGACCUGUAGCUUUUUACCCAAACACUCACCACUCUCCCAUCACCUUUAUCCCAUUCAUUUACCUCCUCUGUAUACCUCAUAGGCCCGUAUCAUUUUCUCACAUUCACGAUAGCUAUUGUUGGCAGACUACUGAAGAUUCGACAGACAACAGAAAGAUGGAAGAAGUAUAUAACAACCAAAUGGACUUUUGACAUGUUGAUAUGUAUCGGGUGA